AUUGAGAGAACUGGUUGCUUGGAGGACACAUACGUAUUAUUAACAGCUAUUUACGCGUGCACGAUCCUGGGGUGCUAUGGCUCACCUUUAUGAUACAGUCAUAUCACUACUAAUUCAACCACCGGAUAAACGCCCGGAUGCAGAAAUAGAACAAAUUCUACCUUGGUUCAGAAAGAAAUCAGAUUCAUUUAAAUAUCUUCAUUCUGAGGUAUUAAAAGAUAUAGUAAAGAAUUGUGAGUUUAUGACAUGUAAAAAAGAUUCUGUGGUUAUUAGACAAGGUGAAAAGGGUGAUUGCUUUUACAUCAUUUUAACGGGUUCGGUAUCCAUUCACAUCAACACAACUUUAUCAGAUGAAGAAUUUAGUCUGGUUAAAAAGAAACAGUUAGACGAGGAAGCAGCUGUAUUAAGGGAUGGGCCAGAAAUUAGACCCAUAGAUAGAACUAAAUAUGGAAACUUCCUUGGUGUGAUAGAGGCUGGUAAAAGUUUUGGUGAAUUGGCUCUUAUCAACAAUGACUGUGUUAGAAACGCCAGUAUUAUAUCAACAGAAGUGUGCGACUUACUAGUUGUACGUAAAGACCUCUAUAAUCGGUCAUUAAGAUCUCAUCAGUCACAAGCUUUUGAGGAGAAACAGAGAUUUGUUAAUUCUCUGCCUUUAUUCCACUCCAUGCCAUUUAGAUAUAAGAACAUGAUGGCUAUGAGUUUAAAGAAAGAUAUAUUUAAAUUUGAAGAUCUGAUAGUAAAACAAGGAACUCCAGUAGAUGGCUUAAUUUUUAUCAUCAGCGGCCAAGUUAAAGUUGUUAUGGAUCCGUCUCAACAUAGAUCUCAAUAUCCAACACAUUUUCCAACACAUGAUAUAGCUGAUCUUGAGAAAGAAAAAGCAAGAGACCUUUUACGAAAAGAGAUGAAUUUAGAAAAGAAAAGGUUUACAGACAAGAAAGUAACAACUUACCAAAAACGUCAAACUAAUCAAGAAAGUAAGAAACAUGGUAAUAAACAUUUAGAGUUGUGUUUGAUGGGAGCUAUUGACAUUAUAGGUGAUUUAGAAAUGGUGCUAGGGUUGCCAACGUAUAGUGAAAGUAUAAUAUGUACGGAACAAGCCACGGUUUUUAUACUAGACCAAAGUAAUUAUGAUCGUCUGCUAGAGAAACGUCACCCCCAUUCCAUGAACAUUAUGAAAGAUAUAGUCCAUAACAAACUGACUUUACACUUCUCACGUUUAAGUGAAGAAACUCUGCCUUUAUUUAGAUUCUUCUUAUACACGUUAGACGAAAAAGAGAAAAAAGAAAAAUUAAAAAACGCUCCGUCGGUUCAGCACGACAAACCAGCUGAAUUCGAACUUAGGUCAGACGGAAUUCAAAAGGGACCUUUAAUUAAUAUGUAUGGACCGGGCAGUGUUUUCUAUCUCAUUCGUAUGCGAGAAAAUAAGCGCCGUACACGAAAAUUACAAUCUCAGAAGUAUUCAAGCUCAAGUAAACUAAACUAUCUACAAGUUACAGAUAACAACACUGCUAGAGGUCCCACAAUUAUCGAAGAGGAAAUGCCGCUCGAGGGAGUUAGUCCCGAACACGAAUCCCAAUAUGCUAUCUCAUUGGCUAGAAAUGGUAUGACGGAUGAAUUCACAGAUUCUAUCCUUGCUGGUGUUGGAGAUAUGUAUGCUCAAGCGGAAGCUGAAUAUGACUGGGCGUGUAGUGAUUCGGCGUUAACCCUAUUAGAAAGGCGUAUACAGGAAUGGCAUAAUGGGUUUAAUGAAGGAACUCGGGCUAAUAAACGAAUGGUUAAAUUACACCGCUAUCAGGUAGAGGAAGAGCAUAAACCUCGACCAGGUAAUAAAGUAGUUAUUAGACCUAGAGAGAAAACAACGGUAGCAUUUACAUCAUAUAGAAAGGAAGACGACGCUCAAACUGAACCUGCUAAUAUUAAACACAGUCCACGUUUGUUAGAUAUUAACCCAUCCACCAUUAAUUCUACGUCAGAUGAUGAACACGAUGCUCAAAAUAAUAACAACCACGACGAAGAAGUUUUCCGAACACCAAAACCAUUACGGCCUAAAACGUGCCCUGGAUUUAGAAAAAGAUUAAAGAAGACGAAAGAAAGUAAACAAUAUACGAAGGAAGAAUACCAGACGCUGAAAGAAGAAUUAAAAAAACGACAGAAAGCUUAUAAGUCAUUUCUACCUAAUCAAAGAAAUGAUUCCAUAUUAUAGUAUUUAUCUAUAUAUAAUAAGAAUACUCAUCUAGAAGAUCAAUACAUAUCUAAUAUACAAUAAAGGACAACUUUACGACAAAAUAUAGUACAGCGCAGUGUCAGCACUAAACCUAAUUUGGACUUUCCAUUCCUGUAUUGAGAUCUAUCAGCUUUGAUUUCUAUGGAUUUGUAUGUACAUGUACAAAAAAUCGUUCUGAAAGUUAAUCAAUUAGUUAUGAUUGAUCAGAGUUUAAACAAGUAUUUAUAUUUUGUUCUAUUAUAUUAUUGGCUGUAUUAUACAUAUCUGUUGAAUAUCGAAUAUAUAUUACUUUUUAA